AUGGAGAAGGAGAAAGCAUCACAUGCCAGUCCCAGUAUUGGAGUAAACGAAUUUGUCGUCCAAGGGGAAAUAUCUAUUGAUGAUUCCGAAAGGUCCGUCAAGAGCGUUAGCACUAGCAUAAGUGAGGAUGAAGAAACAAAGACCGAUGUCCAAGAUAACAUUGGCACACCGUCCUCAAACCCUCUAUUCCAAGCAAACUUCGAAAUUGACAACAGACUAUUGAAUAAAAACCCCAAAUACAAAAAGCUUUUCACUGAAAAGAGAAGACGUCGAAGACCGGUCACCGGCCGUAGCCACUCAAUCAAACCGGCGAACGACGUGAAGAAUAAUAACGUUAUCGAUCAAGUUUAUCACGUUGAAGUUUUCCCGGGUUCGGAUUUAAAUUCAUUAAAAGACUCGAUAUGGACAAUAAGGAUUAUUACAAAACAAAACAUCGAAAAAACUAUUGCAAGAAAUUUUGUCGACUUCUAUUGGUUGUAUCAUCAAUUGCAAAAUAACCAUUGGGGAAAAACUAUUCCCCCACCAACUAGAUCCAACAUUCUUGUGGAGAAAGACGAGUUUGCGAUAAAUCAUCUUUUCAUGAUACGUAAUAACGAGAAAUAUGACCCAAUUUUCAACUUUAAACCAGGGUACAUCAUAUCGUUACAACUGAUGAGAAUGAUUAAGCAUAUAUUUAACGACAAGGUUCUACGUUUGGAUUCAAACUUUAUAGAUUUUAUUAAUUGGGAUGACAUCAUUCCUGAAAAUUCAAAGAUGACUGUCGGCGAUAAUAUCUAUACAGAUGAUAAAAUACAGAUGACAUCAUCUCAACUCCGGGAAAUAAAAGAGUUCCACAGGCAGUCAAAAAGAGUCGAAUCAAUGACAAACUCUCAUGCUACGCUCAUACCGAUAGCAGGGCUCACCGACAUAUAUAUAAGUCCAACAAAGUUAUUCUCUAGGAGGGAUUAUCAAAGACUCUUCCAACCUCAAAGUACUGACAACACCUUCAAUAACAAUGACCCAUUGGUUCAAGAGUGGAUUCCCAAAAACAAGUCCUUAUUCACUAGUUUGUCGUUUGGGUCAAGUACACCUACUUACCAAGAAACAUCCGCCGAAAUACAGGCAUGUCAUGACUGGGUGGGCGUAUCCAAGGAGCAGUGGCGACAAUUACUCUACCGCGUAUUAGAGUACAUUGUAGAUGAAACAGUGAAAUUAACUUCCGUGGUUGGUGAAUUUACAGAGUGCCUAAAGCAAAUUUCCUCGGAAGAAGUUAUUAGAGCAAAUUCCGAACUAUUUUCAAAAUUUUCGACACUAAAUGAAUGCUUUCUGCAAAGAUUCAAAGGUUCCUCAAGACAAGAUAUUUUGAAGCUAGUUAUAUUAUUUGAUGAAAACAUAAGAUUUUGCGAGUCGUUUGAAUCCAUUCUAAAUCAAAGACUAAAACUGGGUAGAAUUUUAAGCACCAUUGAAAUAGAUCUAGACAAAAAAAAAAGCUAUCUUAACAAGCUAACUAUUGGAAAUAACAACAACAAUGAUGAAGACCCUAAAAUAUGUACUGCAGAGAAUGAAUACAAAAUUGUGUUAAAAAGGUAUAACCGCGUUAGGCAAAGCUGGCAAGAAAUCGUGGAGAAAAUUUUAAAGGAACGAAAAAAUUUUGAGGAAAGAGAAGCUGUUGAGAUUAAAAGCUGCUUGGAGUCUUUAAAAGAUUCAACUGCCGAUGAAAAGAGACAUUAUUUACAAUUGUGGCAAGAUUUUAAAUCAAAUGAACAGGAAAAUCAAUGA